CCUCUCUGUCUUUCUCUGCAAGGAAGGAAGGAAGCAAGGAGUGCAUGUACGUACGUACGUAUGUGCGCGCGCGUGUGUCAGAGCGCGCUCGCUUGUGCAACACCUUUCCUUCUGCUACUAUAGCAUGAUUUAUUGCGCGUGACGCUCCAAACACUCCACGAACAACGAGUGAUGAUUGUUUUCCGUGCGUUUCCGGUUUUCCGAGUUGGCUAAAUGACAUGCAUGUGGAGAAAGAUGAAGAAGCUGAGGAAGCAGACGGUUCGGACCCUCUCUCUGAUCCUCUGCAUGUUCUCCUACCUGCUUGUGGGCGCCGCCGUGUUUGACGCGCUCGAGUCGGAGUCGGAGAGCGCGAGGCGGCGCGUGUCCGAUCAGCGGCGCGCGGAGCUCAAGGCGCGUUACCGCUUCACGGACGACGACUACCGCGAACUGGAGCGCGUGGUGCUGCGCGCGGAGCCGCACCGAGCCGGGACGCAGUGGAAAUUUGCGGGAUCCUUUUACUUCGCCAUCACGGUCAUCACCACGAUAGGUUAUGGUCAUGCAGCCCCAGGUACGGACGCUGGGAAAAUCUUCUGCAUGUUUUACGCUGUUCUCGGGAUUCCUCUCACUCUGGUCAUGUUCCAAAGCCUGGGUGAGAGAAUGAACACUUUUGUGCGCUUCCUGCUCCACCGGGGGAAAAAGUGUCUCGGUUUCCGGCGUACGAGCGUCUCCAUGGAGAACAUGGUCCUCGUGGGCUUCCUGUCCUGCUUGGGAACGUUGUGUUUGGGUGCAGCGGCUUUCUCGCACUUUGAAGGCUGGACGUUCUUCCACGCCUACUACUACUGCUUCAUCACGCUCACCACCAUCGGCUUCGGAGAUUUUGUGGCUCUGCAGAAGAAAGGCGAUCUUCAGGAACGGACGCCAUACGUGGUCUUCAGCUUCGUGUACAUCCUGGUGGGCUUGACGGUGAUUGGAGCCUUCCUCAACCUGGUGGUGCUGCGCUUCCUCACCAUGAACACAGAGGAGGAGAGGGAACGAGCGUCGCUGAAGAGGAAAGAACGCAACUUGGGCUCUCUCGCGAACCAGAAUAGCCAUAGCAUGCUUUUUUUGCCAAUGGAAGAAGGGACGAGUUGCACUAACCUCAUCCCGUCUCCGGCGAAUGAACGCUACUGUCAGCCAGCUCUUCCUCGCCCUUCCAGUCCGGCUCGCCAGCGCUCACGUCUCAAUUCUCUCUGCUCUUGCUGUUACCGCUUCGAUUUGUGCCCCAGCCUCAUUCCAUCUCGACCCGGCUGCAACGUCGAUUCAGUUUACUACACUUCCAUUUCUUAUCGGAUCCACGGAGGUUCCUUCACCCGGGAAAACACAGGAUUUUCUUCACCGGGAAGCACGCUGUCUCCUGGACACAGUUUCAGAGAACUGCCCCGUUUACGGAGGAAGUCUCUCUGAUUGCUAACACAAGAGACAGAUAUUAAAUGCAUAUAUUUUUGUAGCACAUACACACAAGAAAACAAAACAAGAUCUUUCACUUGGUGUAAAAUAAUCUGCAUGUUUGAAUGUUGGUAAAUGAGCUAAUAAUCUGAUGUCAAUGGAACGGAGGCCAGCGGUAGGUGCUGUGGGCAGGUAAACCUCACGAGUAGGACCCAAGGCUGGGGUUACAUUGGUGCCAUGACCCGGAUGGGAGUGAGGUUUAGGGGGGUGAGUGUAACGGAGGCCAGCGGUAGGUGCUGCGCAGGUAAACCUCACUCCCCUGAUCUCAAGAGGCGAACUAGCGACUGAUGCUAGAGGCUGCAGUCUUUAGCCUCCUUGUUAGAGCGCCUGCCCACCUCCCAUGCUGAAGACCUGGGUUCGAGAGCUGCUCUGAGCAGGCAUGAGUCGGACCCGGGGGUGGGGUUACAUUGGUGCCGUGACCCGGAUGGGAGUGAGGUUUUGGGGGGGGGCAGUGGUAGGUGCAGGUAAACCUCAAGAGGUGAGCUAGAGGCUGCAGUCUUUAGCCUCCUUGUUAGAGUGCCUGCCUCCCAUGCUGGAGACCCGGGUUCGAGACCCGCUUGGAGGAGCCGGCGGGUUACAUCAACACAACAAACCACUCUUAGUAUCUUCCUUCACUCUUAUUAGCUGCUUAUAACCUCUCAUAUUUAAAGGAAAAAUUAGCUGCUGUUCGGAUCAUACAGGUCAUACAACAGAGAUUUUCAGGGUGGACCAUCUGGCUUUUUUUUAGUAGAGCACAAGCUAGAGGUGUGUAUGGAGACGAGAACCUGAUGUAAAAAAAGAUCACAGGAGAGUGCUCACAUGGUGCUGUGUAAUUCGUUUCCUAAUAGUACUGUAGUAAUACGUCAUCAGUAAGCGAUUUGCCGAGAUAGAUGUCUAUUUCAUUCAUGACUACCAAUAAAAUUCAUCAGGUGCAGACAAUAAUGACAAGAAUCAGUGUAUAGACCAGGGUUCCUCAAAUCUUGCCCUGGAGGGCCAAUGCACUGCAGAGUUUAGCUCCAACCUCCUCUACCUGUGAUUUUCUAAUGAUCCUGAAGACAUUGAUUAGCAUGCUCAGGUGUGUUUGAUUAAGGUUUGAGCUAAACUCUGCAGGAAAGUGGAUAUCAUGGGCCAGAUUUGAGGAUAUAGACCAUUUUUCUGUUAGUAAACAUUGUGAGGUUUGUUUGUGGGUGGAGCUUAAGUGGAGCCAGAAAGAUUUCCCUGACCUCUUUACAAGCGGUAUUUUUGAAUGACUGGUCAAAAUUCCAAUUUAUCUGACCAUCUUAGGUUUGAAAAACUUUAUGUGACGGAAUCAGAUCAGCCCACCCGUACACGCUCACUCGAUGGAUGGAUGAUGUGCCUGGAUGACCUCCGGUUGAGUGACCUGACAUCUACACUUAUCUGACAGACAAAAACUGACCACUUCUGGCAACUGUAGAAAGGGAUAUGACCCAAACACUUUCCUUUGUUUAGUCUCCGAUCGUUAGCUAGCAGUUAGCUAACUUACGUGCUAAAAAAUUAGCAUUACAUGAGAAAUCAUUGAAAUUGCUCCCAAAUUUCUGAUGAGGUGGACAUGCGUAAGAAAUAUUUCAACAAUAGUCUCUUAAACCUUAUCUGAUAUGAAGUAUGUGUUGCAAAUGCUAGCAUUUAUGAUGAUAGUUUUUGUCCAGUCCACUUGUUUUACUGUCUUUAACCACAGCUGUGGUCAGUUUUUUUGGCAGUGACAGGAGGUAUGCGAUAAAACGUCAAAUUGGAGCCUGUACACAACAACACAACAAGAUAAUAUUUGCGUUCCAUGCGUAGCUGUACUGGUUUGUAUUGCCCACCUCCAUUUUCCCUUUCGUUUUGCCUCCGGCUAGCACAGCUAGCAGCACAAAAAGGGUCUAUUAGCAUCCUAAAUGCAGCUCAGUAGAAAUCACAUGACGAGCUUGUUAGCUCUCCAUCAGCUUGUGACCAAUAUUAUAACUCUUAAUUUUUCCUAAUUGUUAUGCAGCUGGAUUGUAGGCUGUUUUUCUCCGGAACUUUCCCUAUGCUUCCAAAAAAGUGUUUUCCUCACACAUAUAUCAUCUUCCAAGUUAAUUUUGAGUUGACCAGAGAGCCAGGCAUGAUGGAGUAGUGUUAGAGCAAACUCAUUCCUGUGAAUAACAAACUGACUGAUUGAAUUUACGCCCAAUUCUUAAAUCAGACACAAGAUGACUGUUUUCUAUGACGUUUUAAAGCUGUAUAUCAAGGUCUCUACACUAGAGAUGGAACGAUAUCACUUUGCUUUAUUCGAACACCGAUACCUCGCGGAUCAGUCAGAUAUCGAAACCCAGACCAUUUUUUUCUUUCUCUAAAAUCUAUGAAGCUUUAAACUACGAAGAUUUCUUUUUAAUACAGGAUAAAACACAACAAACUAACAACACGACUUACUAAAAACUGCAGCUUUCAUAGAAAAAUUGCAAAAAAUAUAUAUAGUAAAGUAUAUAAUAAUAAUAAUAAUAAUAAUAAUAUUAUAAAGAAAAUAACAAUAAUAAAGAAAAAUAUAUAUUUAAAAAAUAAUUUAAAAAAAGUCUCUUUGUAUGUACAGUUCCAAAAUAAAAAAAAAAAAAAAAACAAACAAACAAAAAAAACAACUAUUUUUAAUUAGUUACGAGAUCAAAUCAAUAGAUCUGAUAUCUCCAAUUCUCGGCAUGCUAGCUCUUUGAUCAACCUAGUUAACCCUAACUAACCCUAGUUAAUAUAGUGGUUAGAAUAAUUCUGCCCUCUUUUUACACUCACGCCAUGAUUGUAAGCUUUAUUAAUGCACCGUGUUAAUACACAUGAUUAUUAAAAUAGCAGCAUGCUAAUGAUAAUUACAAAAGAAAAAGUUUCACACCCUCUUAUGUAGUAAUUAUGUAGUUUAACACUGUUUUCUUCUCUAGGUGUGUAUAAACACACUCUGUGGGGAGAUCACACUGUUUGACUAAUUGUAACAGCUCUGAGUGUGAUUUUAACGCAACACCUGCCGUGUAAAAUUAGCAUUUGUUUUCCCCUCACCGAGGGAAUAAACAUGUCACUUUAAAUACGGUUUAUUAGUUAGUGAAUAGGCGGAGUUAAUAGUCUGGAACAAAGUGUGCUAUUUCCCACUGAGAAUUCAAACACGGGUAAAAAAAAAAGUGUGUGUGAGUACUGUGGGGUAUUUAUCCAGGACAAAGCUUUCAUAGAGAAGUGAACAAACAUCCAGGCAUCCACACAGUGAAGUAGGUGUGGCCUCUGUGUCUGUCAGUCAUAGUGAAGGAGGUGUGGCCUCUGUGUCCGUCAGUCACAGUGAAAGAGGCGUGGCUUUGUUGUCUGUUGUCACAGUGAAGGAGGUGUGGCUUAGUCCUAGUCAGUUAUAAUAAAGGAGCCGUUGCUCUUAUUAUGUACCUGUUAUUACUAAUAAAGUGGGUGUGGCUUAGUCACUGUCAGUUAUAAUAAAGAGGGUGUGGCUUAGUUCACAUGAGUAAUUAAUAAAGUGGGUGUGGCUUAGUCACUGACAGUUAUAAUAAAGAGGGUGUGGCUUAGUUCACAUGAUUUAAAAAUAAUUGGGUGUGGCUUAGUUUACAUGAGUUAUAAUAAAGGAGCCGUCGCUUAGUCCCUGUCAGUCUCACUGAAGGAGGCGUGGCCUCUGUGUGAAUCAAUCCCACUGAAGAUGUGCAUUGUAUUGUCUCAGGAUAAGAAAAAAAUCUACAAUAUUCCCUAAAUCCACCUUUUCUCUGAAUGUCACUCACAUUAUCAUCCUGCUAUACAUUUUCUGUAAAAUACAGAAGAUAAAUGCAAAUAUCCAUAUUUAACUGAAUGCUUAAGAUUUUUGCAUGUGGUGAAAUAAAAUAAACAGCCAUAUGACGGGAUGGUGUGGAAAUCUCGAAAAAGAAAAUAAUGUCUUUUUUCUGCAUGAAAACAAUGAGAAUGAGAAGUUAUGAGUGUAAAUAUGUAAAGGAAAAAUUUAAAAGCUAACAUACUCACAAUAUUUAAAAAAUAUAUAAGCAAAUUUACACAAUAUUCCACUUACUCCACAUCGAUCAGCCAAGAAAUUCUGAUGUAUAAUGUUUUAUUUAUUUAUUUAUUUUUAUUUUCUUCUUUUUUUUCCCCACUAGCAAUGUACUAGAAGAUUUCCAAAUCUUCAUGUAAUUACUUUAAACUAUCUCAUUUCUAAUAAACAUUUUUUGUAAAACAGGUGUGUAAACCUAUUAUUUGCAUUAUAUUUAAGCCACAAUUAUUAUUAUUAUUAUUUUUUGUUCAGGAGGCGGGGCUCUAACUGCUUUAUUUGCAUAAAAUAUGAAUAAACGCCAUUUGAUUAUUUUGCUUUGCAUGGGUAAAAUAAUUUUUGGUCAUGAGUGCCUAAUAAUUUGUCCUUGUAACGAUUCAGUGAAGCGUUUGGUUUGUAUUUGACGCAUGACUUGAGCUCUUCACACACUCGCCUGUGUACUUUAACUGUGAAUUUAACGCUUUUCCACGACAUUGUUUUGCUUGGCUUGUUUGUUGCUGGUCGCUGUUAAAACUUCAUCGUGAUCGCGGUCAUGAGCUUUGUCUCGAAAUUAUAAGGCUGCACUUACGUAGUAAAGUGUUUAAUAAUGUAGAAAAUCCAGAAAUUUGGUGUGUAGACUUAUCUGAAGGUCACAUGUGAUGGUAAAAAGUUCCUGGUUAAAGUCAGAACUCAAAGACAGUCUAGAAUAGGACACAAGUCUGCGAUUUGAGACACAGCGCUAGUUUGUUUAGUCGGUUAUGGACACAUGGUGCUAACUGCCCUGAAUGUUUGUGUUAAGUAGCGAGAAUGUGCCCAAGUAGCGCUCCAGACAACCGCAGGAUAAGCUAUCUUGUGUAGCUUUUCUGCAUACGUUCUUCAGGUGGUAUCUGAUGGUUCUAUGUAUAUCUUUACAACAACACAUCUAAAAUCCCAGAACAGUUUAGUUAGAUGGUAAACCAAACAGGUAAAAAAAAGUCAAAUAAAUCUGACAGGUCCUUCCUACCCACAUGCCGUGUGACCCUAUAACUCCACUCUGGAGUGGGGGGGUGGGGGAGUCAGUGCUGACAUUGCUCUCUGUCCUGGCCUAUAGAACAAACUAUAACUGACAUUGCACAUUACUUAUCUCUUAUUCCUUUAAAACUCUGGUAUUUAGUAUUUUUUGUUAGAUUUUAUUUUAUUAUAGGUUAUUUGUUAUAUUUUUUGUUAGAUUUUGUACCCUUAAACACC